UGGAAAUGCGAUGGUACCGAUGACUGUGGCGAUAAUUCAGAUGAGGUCGACUGCGCUGCUCCAACAUGCUCAUCUGAACAAUUUCAAUGCAAUAAUGGUAACUGUAUACCAACAGGUUGGAAAUGCGACCGUACCGACGACUGUGGUGAUAAUUCAGAUGAGGUCGACUGCGCUCCUCCAACAUGCUCAUCUGGACAAUUCCAAUGCGAAAAUGGUAAAUGUAUACCAACCCGUUGGAAAUGCGACCGUACCGAUGACUGUGGAGACAACUCUGAUGAGGUCGACUGUGCUGCUCCAACAUGCUCAUCUGAACAGUUCCAAUGUGAUAAUGGUAAAUGCAUACCAACAGGUUGGAAAUGCGAUCGUACCGAUGACUGUGGCGAUAACUCAGAUGAGGUCGACUGCGCUGCUCCAAUAUGUUCAUCUGAACAAUUUCAGUGUGAUAAUGGGAAAUGCAUACCAGUAGGUUGGAAAUGUGAGGGUUUCGAUGACUGUGGUGAUAACUCAGAUGAGGUCGACUGCGCUGCUCCAACAUGCUCAUCUGGACAGUUCCAAUGUGAUAAUGGUAAAUGCAUACCAACAGGUUGGAAAUGCGAUCGUACCGAUGACUGUGGUGAUAACUCAGAUGAGGUCGACUGCGCUGCUCCAACAUGCUCAUCUGAACAGUUCCAAUGUGAUAAUGGUAAAUGCAUACCAACAGGUUGGAAAUGCGAUCGUACCGAUGACUGUGACGAUAACUCAGAUGAGGUCGACUGCACUGCUCCAACAUGCUCAUCUGGACAGUUCCAAUGUGAUAAUGGUAAAUGCAUACCAACAGGUUGGAAAUGCGAUCGUACCGAUGACUGUGGCGAUAAUUCAGAUGAGGUAGACUGCGCUCCUCCAACAUGCCGACCAGAUGAGUUCCAAUGCGAUAAUGGUAAAUGUAUACCAACCCGUUGGAAAUGCGACC